AUGCGACCACGCCUCUUCGCCUCUGCUGCUUCGAGCAUCUUUGCCCCUGUACCAAAGCACCGACACAGCAGAGGGCUCGCCAAGAUGACGCCGAAACGAAAGAGAGACGGCCCUCAUCCUCCUCCUCCAGCGCCGCAACGACCUGAUGCCCCUAGACGAAGUAGCCGAAGACUGAGGGACGCUGCCGCUGCUACUACGGCUGAUCAUCUCGCACCCGACAAGAUGGAUAUUGACAAGGACAGCAAGAAAAUCAAGUGUGAAAUCCCCGACAAACGCAAGCACAAGGCAGUAUGGGAUACAGGAGAGGGUGUCGAAGAAGCCAUGCGCGAGCUGAGCGAGAUGGAACACAAACUGCAGAACGCCGUGAGGAGACAACGACAGGCGGUUGAAUCCUCAGAUCUUCAUGUCAAAGUAGAGUCGGUCAUGGACCGAAAUAUUCGACCCAAGAUGCGCACGCCACCUCCCAAUGACACCAUCCCUUCCACCUGCGGACGAAAUGCGGAGAGCGUUGAAAAGGCCCCCAUGGACGGUUAUCAGGCCGAGCUGGCGGCAGGCGAUAUUGUUGACGCCAAGGCCGACGAUGAGGGUUUUGAUAGAGGCGCAAACAGACCUCCCCCCGUCAACAGCGACAGACUUCCCCUGCCGUGGUCGGGGCGGCUUGGUUAUGCCUGCUUAAACACAUAUCUGCGCAAUGCAAGCCCUCCUGUCUUUUCGUCGAGAACCUGCCGGAUCGCGUCCAUCCUCGACCAUCGACAUCCCCUCCAACAUCCUUCAGAGCCUGAGCACCCUACAAAGAAUCGACCCGACAAGAGUAAACCAGCGGAUCCCGAGCGAGGGCUAAAGUAUGUGCAAGAGCUAGGAUUGGCCAACGCGAGAGAUAUUGUCAAGAUGAUCCGGUGGAAUCACAAGUACGGUAUCAAGUUCAUGAGGCUCAGCAGCGAAAUGUUCCCCUUUGCAAGCCACGAGGAAUAUGGGUACAAGCUGGCGCCCUUUGCAGCUGAUGUCCUAGCCGAGGCUGGCAAAGUUGCAGCAGAACUAGGACAUCGCCUUACGACACAUCCUGGCCAGUUUACCCAGAUUGGAAGCCCACGGAAGGAAGUUGUUGCCGCUGCCAUUCGCGACCUCGAGUACCACGAUGAGAUGCUCAGUUUGCUCAAGCUCCCUGAUCAAAUGGACCGCGACGCAGUCAUGAUCUUGCACAUGGGUGGUACUUAUGGCGACAAGGAAGCAACUUUGAACCGGUUCCGCGAAAAUUACGUCAAGCUAUCGGAUGGCGUCAAACGGCGACUGGUAUUGGAGAAUGACGACGUUGCGUGGAGCGUCCACGAUCUACUCCCUAUAUGCGAGGAGCUCAAUAUUCCAUUAGUACUGGAUUAUCACCACCACAACAUCAUCUUCGACUCAAGUAUGCGAGAAGGCACCCAAGAUAUCAUAGGUCUUUAUGACCGCAUCAAAAAGACAUGGACAAGAAAGGGCAUUACCCAAAAGAUGCACUACAGCGAGCAGACUGCCGGCGCUGUUACUCCACGAGAGCGUCGCAAACAUUCUGCGCGAGUCAAGACACUGCCGCCCUGCGCCCACGAUAUGGACCUCAUGAUUGAAGCUAAGGACAAGGAGCAAGCCGUCUUCGAGCUGAUGCGCACCUUUAAGCUACCCGGAUGGGAUACCUUCAAUAACGUUGUUCCCUACGAGCGCGAGGACGAGUCACGAAAGGCCAUCAAGAAGAAGCCCAAAAAGGGGAAGAAGAAGACUAACGGCGUCAACGGUGAGGUAGAAGAUGAGAUAGAGGUGCCCGAGAAGAUUGUGAGCCCCGAGGACUUUGGUAUGGGAGGGCCCAAGAACAGAGUGUACUGGCCCGAGGGCAUGGAGGAGUGGCUUAAGCCCAAGAAGAGAGAUAUCAAGAGGGACAAGCCGAGUGAUCAGUAA